UGAGAGGGCGCUAGUGUACGGCGUCACUUCGCGCAGGUGUUUACAAUAGCACCAAAAUGGUCAACUGUCCGUUGCAGACUGAUUUAAAUCUGACGCCGUGCUUCUCCAAAUAAAAUCCAAAUGUAUCUGUUACUCAUCGCUCAAAUUCACAUAAAAUGUGUCAUUACUCGCAACUUCAAAUAAAUAUCAAGUGAGAAUGAUGUGCCUCGAUUGCGAACAGCUCAGAGAGCGAAAGUAUUGCGCAAAUUCUCGUUCGUAAACACCGCAAAUCGCAAUUGUUUCUGUAUUCUCUAUGAUUAUCCUUGCUUUCUUUUUUUCUCCUAGUGUCUUCAAGUCUGUAAAAUUUGUCAAUUGAAAACUUUGUCAUCUUUAAUUACCUGCAGUAGAUUUUGAUUUUGUGCACAUGGCGUAUGUGAAUGUAUAGAGCUCAGAUUGGAGCGUGAGUUUGUUGACAAUAAGCCCAAAUGACUAUGUGAAUCAGUAAUCUCUACAGGUAAUUCUGCAAUUAACUUUGCCUUUGUUUGACUGCACAAUUGAUCAUUGCUUUUCAUCCAUUUAUUAUUGUACUUUUAAACAUGUACACAAUAUGAUUGUAGGUAUAUUUUGUGUCUAUAUCCUUUCUGUAUUUCUCUGUAUCACAACAAAAGUUUUAUUUACUUCUAAUGUGUUACUCGAUAGUAUAAUGAAAAACUGUAUCGAUAUACAUAUCUUGAAAAUCCAGAAGGUCUGAGAAGGUUUUAAUUUCAAGAUGAUUUGGCUUUUGUUCUUUCUUAUUCAUGAAAUAUCAGCCAGCAAUGGUAAUGUGAUCUUAAGAGAGUUGGGAGAAAAAGAAUACACUCUGAUAAAAGGCACAUCUUUUUCAGCGAAAUCAUCACUGCCGCAACAUGGAAUGUGUUGGCACACUGCACUUCAAGCAUUGGAGAGUAACUGUGACAAACUGAAUGAUCAGGAGCAUUCGCUUCUCGCUUUGCGCCUGGCAAAUUGUUUUCUGGAAGAUUCUGGUCAUGCGACCUGCAACUGUCAUCUCAGUGAAACAGAAAAUGAGCGUCGAAAAUGCAUCGGUGGCAUGGCGGACCGAGAGUUCAAUGUGUACAAUGAAUUCUACACUCAUGCAACUCAUAUAUGUUUCUUUUUGAAUCAUGAAGCUUGGCAAGCUGAAGUCGACAACACUAUAAAGUUAUUGUUUCAAGUAUCCUCCCGGAUGAAGGAUCAACUAUUGGAAGCGUCGGAAAUGCAAGGUAUAAUAUUGAACAGUCAAAAGGAGGGUUUGCGUAUUCAAAAUGAGCUUCUAGAUCACGGCAAGGAACUCGGGACUGUACUAAAGACUUCGUCCGAGACAGUUGGCAAUAUGGUGUCAGAUUUUAAAAAAUCGGCGAAAGAUCAGAAGGAAUUACUUUACGAGAUUUUCUCGUAUAUACGCACUUUCCAAAGUUGGAUUAUCGGAGAAGUGUCCUGGUUUCAAUCUAUUAUAUUUUACACCGUCAGCUGUAUUCUCUGUGCGUUAUUCAGUUCGUCUAAAAGAACAGUUGACGCGAGAAUUACGCUCUUUAGUAUUCUAAGUUUAAAUAUAGUGGCUGAGAGAAUGCUGGUUCAAUAUUAUGAUAAGAUUACUUUUCAGUCUCCAGAUGAUAAGGUGCACCUGCUAAGUACAACGUGGUUGUACAGAAAAAUUGCCUUGACACUUUGUGUUGUAACAUUGUUCUGUACAUACUAUUAUUAUAAAGACGAACACUUGGAAAAUUAUAAGGCUUUGCAACGAAUCGAGCAGCAAUUGGAUGGCAUACAACAAACUGUAGUUAUUUCCAACAUUGAACCAAUUCGUUACUCAAAACGGCUUGCAAUGAAACGUUUACAUACAGUUUCUAAUAAGCGGGAAAACAUCAUUGAUAUUAAGAAUGACAAAUAAUUAUCUUAAAUAAAAAAAACCAUCGUCUAUGUACACACUUUACUAAUACAAUUGUACAAAUUGAAAUAAAGAUGUAUUUAGAAGUCUU